AUGCUGCGACGUGGGCAGCUCAAUUCCUUUUACGGGGGAUCCUGUUCCAUUCGAUAUGGGGAAGACAUACGAGACCUUCCUAAUCUCCUGAAUGAGGGGAUAGAUUGUCUAGAUUCUAUUGCCAACAGCCCCUUUGAUCCCAUCACACAAAACCUUAGAGGUUGUGGUGUUCAUUUUUUUCUGUAUCACAAAAGGAAAUUUCUUAUUGAGAUGGGAGAUAUAGUAGAUCGCUGUAAAUCAUAUUUUCCCCAGAUCUGUUACGGAUGCGAUGGUGGGCGUGGCCGCGACGGGGCUUCUUAA